AUGAAUUCCAACAGCCAGCACGAUCCGGACAGCAAAUCAGCCUCACACAUUGCCUUCAGGAGAGUUGCUAUCAUCGGCGCUGGGCUGAGCGGGAUUGUGUCUGCCGUACAUUUGCUCCGUAUCGGCAUUGAUGUUACCGUAUUUGAGCGAGCAGAGGACUUGGGCGGAGCCUGGAACUAUAGCCCGCUUCCAGAUCGAGAUCCACCUUUCCCCAACGUCCGACCGCCGGCUCCGGAUUGGACCCGACUGGAACGGCUGCGUGCGGAGGGGCUGAGUGCCGAGGAGGCGGCAUCGUACUUCGCUCCUCCGGGUCCGAUAUACGCCAAUAUGAAGAGCAGGGGCAGCAAGACAGCCACGCGAACAUCUCUACUCAACUGGCCCGAGGGGAGCGGAGACCCUCUUGAUCACGGCGAGGUGCUGCAGUAUCUCCAGGACAUUGCUCGCACAUACUACGUGGAAGACAUGAUUCGCUUUCGCACGCGAAUGGAGGAGGUAUCAAAGACAGAAGGUGAUACGGAGAAUUGGGCAUUCGAUGCCGUCGUCGUGGCUACAGGUAGAUACAGCGUUCCUCGCGUGCCUGACGUGCCAGGACUGUCUGACUGGAAGGGCAAGUUCCCGGACCGGGUGAUACAUGCAAAGCAGUACCGCACGCCAACACGCUUCGGCGGCAAGAGAGUGCUCAUUAUCGGGGCUUUUAUCUCAGCCAUCGAGAUAACCAGAGAGUUGACCCGUAGCGGGGCAACCGUGUACCAGAGCGCAAAUACAACCAGAGUCGGCUUCCGAGAUCAAAACGAGAACGCCAUCAAAGUCGCCAUGGCGGCUAAGUUUGUCACAUUCGCGCAUGUCGAGGACAGCACCGUCCCACAGCAACUAGAUGGCGACAGCCCCAUUCCAGGACAGGUAAUCCUCGAAGAUGGACAAGUCCUGGGUACCAUCUACCACGUCAUAAUAGCAACGGGCUACCUGACCACAUUCCCCUUUCUCGGCCCCAUUCUAGAGCAACCAUUCACACCCUUGGAUGAGGCGGAUGACAGGGUUGUCACUACGGCAGACGGCAGAAACGUGCAUAAUCUACACGAAGACAUCUUCUACAUCCCCGACCCGACCCUGGCUUUCAUCGGCGUUACGCACUUUGCCAAUACCUUUUCCCUCUACGACUUUCAAGCUCAGGUUUUAGCCGUUGUUUUCGCAAGUCGAGUGCGACUCUCCCCCGAGGCUGCAAUGAAGGCGACGCAGAGUCGGCGGAAGAUGCGAGUCCUACCGGGGACGCUCCUGAAUAGCAUAUUCUUGCUGAAUGACAUUGUCAUUCGGAAAUUUCUGGAGUGGGUCAAUCGGGAUCUGGUAGCGAACGGCUUCAAGUCACUCUCGGGACCGGAUCAAGACUGGUGGAAUGCUUUCAAAAAGGAGAGGGAGGGGGCUCGGCCCCUUUUAGGUCUAUUGCAGGAUAAUUCCUUGAGCUAG